GCGGACACGCCCCUAAACGAGGGAAGAGGAGUGGUGGAACCCAGGGACCGAAAUUACUGAAGAGAAUGGCGGAAGACGCGGUUUUGCUUUUACUUUUUGGGUGAGGCCACAUGUGAAUAUCAUCAUUCAUCACUGCUGUGUGCCAGCCCACAACGAACCACAUCUCCCCCUCCCAUCUCUCUCUCUCUCUGACUAUAUAAUUCCCCGGUGGACUAGAUUAGUAGUAGUAGAAGAAGUUAACACCAAAGAAAUGGCCAGAUUGGUAGUGUUGUUCGCCCUUUGUGUACUCCCGGCGCUAGCAAGCGCUGCAAACCCAUUUCUAGUGCGAGGCCGCGUCUACUGCGACACUUGUCGCGCUGGAUUCGAGACCGAAGCCACUCCUGGCAUCCCCGGUGCUAAGGUAAGAAUCGAGUGCAAGGAUAGGGACACUCUGAAACUCAAGUAUAGCAUCGAUGGAGUGACCGACUCAACCGGAACCUACUACAUCAUGGUCACCGGUGACCACGGCGACAACCUAUGUGAUGCGGUGCUUGUCAGCAGCCCACAGUCCGAUUGUUCUGAAGCAGACCCCGCUAGGAAUCGCUCUCGUGUUAUCCUCACCCGCUACAACGGCCUCAUUUCCGAUGCUCGCUUUGCGAAUGCCAUGGGAUUCCUCAGGAGUGAGCCCAUGUCAGGGUGCAGCCAGCUGCUGCAGAAAUAUCAGGAUACUGAUGAUUCCUAGAUAGAAAUUGUUGUUAGUUUUCCUCUCAAGCUAUUAGUAGUAGUAUCUGAAAUAAUUUGGUACUGUUGAUUUGAUAACUAUGUUUGUAGGAGUUAUCCAUAACUUUGUGUGCUACUACUAUGUUGUAUUGUGUGGUCACGUAAUUGUGUGACUUGGAGAAUAUGCUUGGUAUAUGCCAUCUUUGAUUAUUUUGGUCA